AUGACAAAAAAGUGGAAUGAAGUAGUUGAAGGUAAUAUUGAGAGUUUGACAACAAAUGUCAAGGAAAUACAUUCAUCGGUGCUGGACACAAAAAAUCAUCUGGAUGUUGCUAAUGAAAGAGAUAUCCGUCGAAACAAUUUAGUCAUUUUCAACAUACCAGAAAAUGAAAGUUUUUCUUGGAAAGCUGACAAAGAGAAAGUGCUUCAGUUGUUGAAGGAGAUAACUGAUGAAAACUUGGAGAAGGAGGUUUCAAAUGUAUUCAGACUUGGUAAAAGGGUGAAUGAUCAAAAACCAAGGCCUAUUUUAAUUAAAUUAUUGAAUUUAACUACUAAAAACCUGAUACUAGAAAACUGUUUCAAACUGAGGAGGAGUAAAUCAUUCAAUGGAGUCUACAUUAACCAUGACCUUAUUAAAUUAGAUAGAGAUAUUUGUAAACAGCUUCUCGAUGAUAAAAAGAAGAAAAUUGCAGUAAAGGACGACAUUAAUAACUGGAUAUUUAGGAUAAAAAGACAACCAGAUGCAUCGGAUUUAAAGUAUGAUUUAAUAGUUAUAAAUGAAGUAAACCCUAAAAAUGUUAAAAACUCUUCAUGGAACAUUAACGAAUUUAAUUUGCCUGGAUAUAGUUACCUGCUGUUUAGUGUUCAACUGGAUUCCAUAUUUGAUGAAUAUUUGUGUGCCAGGAUUAACGUCAGAGAUCAAAAUUUAAAUUUAAUGGUAAUUUACAGAAGUCCUAAUUCAAAUAUAGAUUGGAAGCUGAGAGUUUGUGCAGGUUCUGACUACAAGAUUGAAAAUAGAUUUUUGCAGCUUAUUGAUGAUAGGUUUUGGCUGCAGCAUGUCAACGAACCAACAAGAUAUGAAACUAAGAAGAAGAAGAAGGAGAAGAAGGAGAAGCACUAA